GGUGGAUCGUAGGCGGUUCCCGCAGCUGAGAAAGGACGCUAAGUCGGCGUGGCUGCGACCCUCCUCGGCCUGUCCCCCGGCGCCUCAGCCCUCCGGUCAGCGCGGCGGCUGGUGGGGCCUGGACGUGGAGCCCGCUUCGGAUCCGGGCGGUGACCUCUGGUCGGCUCUGGAGCUGGAGGGGUGGAGCCAGCCGCUUUCAGUCCCCCUCCCCCGGAUUCUUCUCUUUCUUUAGAGAUGGAGUACCCAUUGAUGGAAGUCGACUCUGCUACCUCUGGAAUUAAGAGGCGGGUGAAGAACAGAAUUUCAAAGACAAAGUUGAAUGUUUCUCUUGCUUCAAAAAUCAAAACAAAAAUAUUAAAUAAUUCUUCUAUUUUCAAGAUCUCUCUAAAGCACAACAACAGAGCAUUAGCUCAGGCUCUAAGUAGAGAGAAAGAGAAUUCUCGACGAAUUACUACUGAAAAGAUGCUAUUACAGAAAGAAGUAGAGAAACUGAAUUUUGAGAAUACCUUUCUUCGCCUAAAGCUAAAUAACUUGAAUAAGAAGCUUAUAGAAAUAGAAUCAGUUGUGAAUGAUAAUUUGAUAACUGCAAUUGAAAUGAGCAGUCUUUCUAAGUUCCAUCAAAGUUCUUUUCUUCUGUCAGCUAGCAAGAGGAAAAGGAUCAGUAAGCAAUGCAAGUCUGUGCAUCUUCCAUUUGCAAGGGUUCCAUUAACUUCAGAAAAUGAUGAUGAUGAUGAUGAUGAAUGGAAAACAAAGUGUAACAACAGAAUUGAAUCAACGACAUCACCUGAUAGUACCACUUCUGUAUCAAGACAACUUCAACCUUUAUCCUUACAGCAGUGUAAUUUGGAAGUAUUACUUCCUAAGGAAGAUCAUCAGAAAACGUGUGGUUCAGGUCAUUCAGAACAUACGUCUAGUGUUGAUGUACUUCCCAAAAAGAACCAUUACCACUCAGAUCAAAGUCCUAAGAGUUCUCUGAGUGAAAUGAAAACUGCCCCAUCUCCCAACUCCAGAAGUGAAAAAAUAUCACUUAAUAAUGUGACUCAGAGGAAGAAGCGUGGAUCUUCUACUGCAGACAUUUUGUGUGUGACAGAUUUAGAUCACCAACAGAGUUUAAGCCUAGGAUCAAACUGGAAUGCAAUAAAUGACUGUACUAAUGAAACCAGUAAUAAAAUGCAAACAAAUACACAGUGUUUUCCUCACUUAACUUCUGCUGAGACUACCAAUGACCCUAAUGCAAAGCACAUGGAGCAAGUACAGAACACUAAUGAGUUUCAGUUGCAGAAAACUCUCUAUGAAGAUGCUGACAUGGAUUUAACUGCCAGCGAAGUAAGCAAAAUCAUUACAAUUUCAAAAAGCAAUAAAAAACAAAAUAAAAAAAAGGCACAUUGUGGAAAUGAGGCUUUCAGAAAAGUGAAAGAUCCAAGCUCUGAUAAGAAAAAAGAAAGAUCAAAGAGAAAAUGUAAAGGCAGUUCAGAAGAGGGUGCUGAGGAAAAGAUUGAAAACAGACCAGAAAGAGGUUCUAUUGUUCCAGAUGGCAGAGGGGAUUCAGAAGACCCAAACUCUAUCUCCAAUACUGAACAGCCGCCUCAGAGAAACCUGCUGAAGAAAACCCUCCAGAGCAGCAUGGACCAGGAGAACACACAAACUAAAAAAAGGAAGCAAACACACUCGACAGAUGAGCAACAGAAAACAUACCAAUUUUCCCAGGGGUCAGUUGGUUUCCUUCUAGAUAACAAAUUUGAUCUGUGUCAGAACACCCUACAUUGUAAUUUAAGUAAGCCUUCUCGGAAGACAUUUAUAAUUAAUAAAUCAGAAAAAGAUAACUUACUUCUGAACCAAAAAGUUGAAGGCGGGGUUUCUGAAAACUUAGAAGUUGCAAAUGAAUUUCAUGUAGCUGAUCUUUCCACAAAAGAUAAUGAAAAUGUAUGUGACUAUGAGACCCAGACUGUGUCGGACUUGAAAAAAUAUGUUGAUGCUCAGCAAAAUCAAUCAAAAACAAAUAAGACUAAGCAGAAAAUAAAUCGGAGGACAAGAAUAAUUUCUACGGUGAGCCAAAUACAUGAGGAUAAUGAUAAAGAAAAAGGCACCUUUCCAUUCCCAACCCAACUGAAUGAAGAGACCACCAGUGGAAUCUUAGAAGCUUCAAAAGAAUUUGAAACACCUCUUCUUUUCAUGAGAGACGAUGGAAACUUAUGUGAGACCCAGAAUGUUCUGGAUUUGCACAAGCAGGUCACUAGGAUGAUCCCUACUCAGAAUGAUUCCCAAAUUAGCAAAAUCCCUAGACUGAAGGUGAAUCGCAAGACAGAAGUCAUUUCUGGAGUGAAUUGCUGUAGUAAUGAUGAAGGUGCUCAUUGUUCAGAAAAGGAUGAGUCUUUCUUAUUACAAAAGGAUAAAGACAUCCCUGGAACCUUAAAAGACGUAAGCGAGUUUGAAAUGCCUGCCCUCUGUAACAAGGACAGAGCAGAGUUGUGUGACCUUACGACUCAAACGCUCCUGGGAUUAAGAAAGCAUGACCUUGAGAUGCAACCUGCUUGUCACAAUGAUUCAAAAGUAGAUAAGAAACGUACACAAAAGGUACAUCGAAAGACAGAAAUAAUUUCUAAAAUUACCCAAAUACAUGACAAUGAUGGAGGAAGUGUACAUGACCCGUUAAAUAAGAAGCUCAGCCGGAAGGUCAGUAUAUCAGAACUCAUUUCUCAAAUGAACGAAGUAUAUGAGAAUACUAAUGAAGAUGUGAAUGGCUCUAAACAAGAUCCUCAGGAUGUUGUUAGGAGUUGCUAUGAUGGGGAAAUCAGCAGUAAUAAGAAGGAAGAUUGUGAUCCAAUUCCAAAUCCAUGCAUACUAGUUAAAAAACAAAGAUUACCCUGUAAAGCAGAGAAAGUUUUGACAAGCAAUAAGAACAGAUGUAAUUUGCAGUUAACCGAUUCUUUACAGGUGUCCGUCGCCUUGGAAUCUGGCUUAAAACAGGGGACUAAUGAAGCAGAUUUUGGUCCUGGAGAACGGACUAACCUGCCAAAGAAGCAGAAACAAAGCACUGUGAAUACACUGGGAGAUGCCCUUUCUGUGGGGGUGGUAAAAGAAGGAAGCCACCCAGCCAAAGCAGUGAGCAAACGGACAUCUAAAUCAAAGAAAAGAAAGACCCUUCUAGAUCUUUCUUCAGAUACCCAUGGGGCAGCGGAGAUAGCACUCAACACCAACUCCCAACAGACUGAUAAAGAAAACUAUUUGGAGAAUGAGAAAAUUGCCAACAGUAAGCCAGACUUUCACACAAAGAUGUUGAAACCUGUACCUCAGAUACGUUCAUCUAAUAUGAAGUCUUCCUUGGACAAUAAGUGUGAAAGUUCUGUCCCUUUGAGUAUAUCAUCUCGUAAAAACCUCACGGUAGAAGAAAAUUCUUCCAUGGAGAGUGCGUGCAUCUUUCAAGUAGGUGAUGACACUCACGAAAAGAAAAAGGAAGGCACUCGCAAACGCUGCACCGGAAGACAGAAGUCAGGAAGAGGUAGCAGAACAUCCCAGGUCUUGGUGGGUACCAGUUUCGUUUCGUGUAACACUGAUAAUCCUGGGAAUGAAUCAGAAGGGCCGUCUACACACCUGAUGAGAAGUAAAAGACAGUGUGCCCCUCUCAGCCUGAAAGAGCCAAACCUCGUAAGGCAAGUGCUGCUGCGUGCUUUUGAGGAGUGUUUUGCCUGGACUGGGAUUUGAGCACUCUUGAAUAUCACUGUAUCAUAUUAACAUGGUACACAGUAUGAGCUUGGUAGAGAGAAAAUCAAAAUGAACCUUUGUUUUCCUCCUUUUUGCUCUGGUUUUCAAUUAAUUUAGUUUCAUUUAAGUUCUAUUUUACUGCUGUCAUUUUAAAAACUUUAAUUGGUAGCUAUAAUUUUUUAAGUUUGUUGAAUACAAUUUACCAACUAAUGUUUUCAUAAAUAUUACCCACCUUUAUUUCCUGUGUUGCUCCCUAGAAGUCAGUAUGUUUUUUAUUUUCUUUAACUGCAGAUACAUACUAGUGAAGAAAGACUAGCCCUCUCCCGCUUUACCCAUUCCUUAGGGUCACUAAUUAUCAACACUGUGCUGUAUUUGAGUCAGCAGAUCUUUAAAAGCUGUUGUGCUUUUAAAUCAGACCUGAAAUACUGAGUGGUUUCAUUCAUAAAACACUUCUAUAUGUGUCUAAAGAAUAUGAUUUUUCACCAUCUCUGUGCAAUCAGUUAGUAUAUUUGGCUAUUAACUGAAAGGUUGGUGGUUCGAGCCCACCCAGGGAUGGUAGCUCUUAGGCUUUUAAUAAAAAGAAAUAAAAUAAAAAUAAUUCUUUUAUUUCUUAAUAAAAGAAUUGUGGAAUCAGGAACUGGAAAAUUCAUAUUCCUACAUCCUACUCUGAAUUCCCUAAACCCACAGUUAACCCAAGCUUAUGCAUGAUACAGGCCUCAUCUUACCUGUCACAGGUUGUUUAUGGCCUGGCCUCUGGCAAGAGAGAAAAAAAGGCUACCAGCUGUACAGUUUCAGCCUUGGCCCAUCACCCAGUCAAACUUCCUGUUACUGAGCACUGUCCUAUGGUUAAUAAAAAAAAUUUUUUUUAAAUAUGAUUUUUUGGGGGCUGCAGAGAUAGUUUAAUCAGUAAAGUGCUUGAACCAGCAUGAUGACCUAAGUUCAGACCCCAAAAGUCACGUAAAAGUCAGGCAUAGCAGCAUGCACCUUUAAUCUUAAUUCUGGAAAGAUAGAGACAGCAGUAUCCCUGGAGCUUGCUGGCCAACCAGGCUAACCAAAUCUCAGCGUUCCACUUCAGUGAGAGACCCUGUCUCAAAGAGAAUCAACUGAGCAAGACACCUUGACAUUGACGUCAGGCCUCUAUACACAUGUGCACCCACACCCAUUUCUUAACAAAGUUUACCACGUUAGGAUUAGGCAGGACUGGAGUUACAGCUCAGGGUAUAGCUUGCCCUGCAUGCAUAAGGCUCUAGUUCACAAAACUAUCGAUAAAUUCUUACUGUCUUCUAAUAACUAGCCAAAUUCCCUUAAUUGCCAUAAAAACGCCCCAGUGACUAUUUACAUUGCUUUAUUCAAAAGCUUUAAUGUUCUUAAGCUUAAGUCAAGCAACCUACCACAUAAAAUCAGAUCAUGCUGUAUACAAAUAUUUUCUGUAAGCUAGAAAGAUUUAUCCCAAAAUGUCCCUUGCAUUAUUUAGAUGUUUGUGCCUUUUAUAAAAUUCUGAUGAUUUUGACAGGCAUUUUCAAACAGCAAUCAGCAAAUGGCAGUACUACAAGGGAAGGUCAAUGAGGAAAGAACGGACCAAGGGCUUUUCAAAACAUAGCUUUUUUUGAGGUAUAGAAUGUACUGUUUAUAGAAUAUAUCUUUUGGGGGGACAUGCUGUACAUUUCACCCAUUUUAAAGUGCACAAAGUCAUAUCUGGAUAUGGACUACAAGGCAUUUCUCAAUAGACAAGCCCUUGCCUGCUAUAUACAAGACCCCGGAUCCUGUCCCAAACACCACCCACGAAAAACCUCUCACAAAUAUAUACAGCCGUUCUCACAACCAACUUUAAAGUAUUUUUUUACCUAAGAAAGAAAUCCUGUAUUCCCCAUAUCGUCUAGCUGGGGGUCAGCCACCCCUCUCCUUCCUAGUUGUAGAUACCUUUAUUUGAGACAUUCCCUAAGAGCAUAAGCGUAUCUGGCCAAUGGGACUUCCGUAUCUCAUUAGCGCAGUGUUUCCUGGGUUUGUCCAUGCGGUAGAUGUACACGUAUUCAUUCAUUUCUCUGUCAACCAGCAUUCUACCGCAUGAAUAGACCACAGUUUUGCUUAUCCAUUUAUUGUGAUUGUAACUGACUAUUGUUUGUUGUUGUUUUUUUUUUCAUUUCUCUUCCCACUUGUUUCUGCUGUUAUGAAUAAUGUUGGUCUGAAAGUUCAUGUGAGCAUGUUUUUGUUUCUCUUGGAGCUUACACUCCAAGAGAGAUUCUAGUUUAGCAACCAGAAUCUGUGUCCCAUGUAUGCUCAUGGCUGAUGUUAUUUAGUAUUACCUGUCUAUUCCUACACAGUAUUGCCAUAAAUCUGUAGCUUAAAAAACAGCACCCUUUUAUUUAUUAUUUUUCAGAAUGUAGGCAUAGCCUAAUUAGUGUUUAGCUGAAGGUCUCAUAAUACUGCAAUCAAGGUGCCAGGGAGGUGGUUCUUAUCUGGAGGCUCUCCUUACAGACACUAUUGGUAGAAUUUCCUUGUGAGGGUAGAAGAGGACUUUAGCAUCUUGAUAUUGGCCAUAGACUGUUUCACCUCCUUGCCACAUGGGCCUUCUUCUCUCCCAGCAAGGCCACUUGCUUAAAGCUAUCUAUGGAGAGAAUCUGUAGCAAAACCCCCUAGCGAGAUAGUGGGAUUUUGUUUUGUUUUCUUUUUUUUCUCCAUUAACUAAUUAAUUAAUUUACAUCUUGAUUGCAGCUCCCCCUUUCUUUCAGUCCCCCCUCACACCCCCCCUUCUCCCGUUCUCCUCUCUCCUUCUCCUCAGAGAAGGGGUGUUUGCCCACGGGCACAUUAAGUCUCAGCAGGACUAGGCACAUCCUCUCCCACUGAGGCCAGACAAGGCAGCCCAGUUAGGGGAAAAGGAUCCAAAGGGCGUCAGAGUCAGAGAGGACCGCCCGCUCCGGUUGUUAGGGAACCCACAUGAAGACCAAGCUGCACAUCUGCUACAUCUGCGCAGGGGUCCCUAGGACCAGUCUGUGUAUGCUUUCUGGUUGGUGGUUCAGUCUCUGUGAGCCCCCAUGGGCCCAGGUUAGUUGACUCUGUAGGUCUUCUUGUGGUGUCCUUGACCCUUCCAGCACCCUCAAUCUUCCACAAGACUCCCCGAGCUUUGUCUAAAGUUUGGCUGUGGGUCUCUGCCUCUGUUUCCAUCAGCUGCUGGAUGAGGCCUCUCAGGAGUUAAGCUAGGCUCAAAAUAGUGGUUUAUAAUGAAGUGUCUUCCUUAUAGACAGGGAGAUGGCCUCUCAUCCUGUCACUUCAUUAGUUAGACACAAAUCACUGACCCUGCCCAUCAUCAACUGGAAGCACUUGUGAAGGCAUAAGUGCCAGUAGACAGGGACUGUGGUUAGUGUCCUUUGUAGUCUAUAUACCACAGGGAUUGUGUUUGGGGCCCCUCACAGAGAGCACCAGCAAGUAUAUGGAUGUAUAUUAUCCCACUGUUGUGUGCAAAACUUUUCCUGGGGAGACACAACACACACACCUGAUAGGAAACCCACAACAGAACAAAGUCCAUCUUAAUAAGAACCAGUGAGUUCUGUUAGGGUUGCUUACAGGAACAUGGAUGAGGGAUUACUUAUCGGAGCAGAAGUAGCUCAAAGACAACUGUCACCAAAGCCCACCCUAACAUGGGUGACAGCUAACAGAAGCUGGAAAACCUGGAGCACACUGCUCAGCUUACAGGCAGCACGACAGGCUGAAGAGUGUCCUUUCCAGGUGCCUCAGUUGGUCUAAACCUCUUCAGGUAGCUCAGCUAGUUUCUGUAUCUUACAGGCAGCUGGUCUAAUCCCAGAGUCUUCUUUUUAGAUAAGCUUGGCUUAUUUAAAAGUACUCUUUGAAGCUCAGCCUUCUCCAUCUGAGGGGGUACUCUCAGCUUUUAUUGCUUAUUCUAGUGAAUCCAUUCAGUUUCAGGGACUUCCUGAAGUUAUUGUGAGCUAUUUACCUUCCUGCUUAAGAAGCUUCCCCCAGGCUAGAAUGUUUUAAUCUUGAAGAAAAUAGUUACACAAUACCCACAUAGACAUACACUUUUUAUUUCUAUAUGUAUUGUGUGUAUAAUAAAAUUGUGAUAUAUUAGAGUUGAUUUGAGACCUCUAGUUUUAAUUUAAUACCGCAGGGUUCACUUUAGCAUUCCCUUUUGCUUGGUUUUAAUUUCUCAGUGAGAAUCCUAGCUCUCAUCUGAAAAUAUUUACUUGUUUGUUCAACUCUAAUGCAUAAUUUCAGAAUUCUUAUCCUAUAACCCCAUUAAAACCGUUUUUACCACCUAGAUUUAUAUAUAAUUCUUUCUGCCAUAGAUUAGAUGGUUUCAUGAUCUGGUAAAGUUCAGUCAUUACUGUUUCUCUUGAUUGUAGCAAUGUGUAUUUUCGUCAGCACAUUGUGUUAGAGCAUAUGUUUUAGAGCAUACCCCAAAAUCUUAACACAAUGUAUUGUCAUAUUUUUAAAUUUGUGCCAGUGGUAGGUUAGAAAUGCUAUCUCGACACUGUUCCAUUUGGGGGGUUAAUAUCCCCAGGUUCACUCUAUCCUUUUGUCUUAUUUUUUUCCCAGCCUGGUCUUCUUAUCCUAAGAGUGCUUCAGUGAAAUCUGUGUGUUGCUGUGUCCCCAUGUGUCUGUCUUUUCUAUGUAGUAUGUUGCAGAAAUAUAAUUGCUCUAUGAGUUGAUAUUUAAAAACCACAAUUAUAUAUUCACUAUGGAUUGUGAAUCCUACUGUUAAAAUGUCUUCAUAGUCAAUGCUUUGCAACUUAAAAGAUAAAGUUUUUUUUUUUUUUUUAAAUAGCUUUGUUUCAUCUUCCUUUUGACUCCUUAGCCCUCAGGUGUGGGAGUUCUACCUGCAAUGGACACACCUGAGGUAUUCUGUUUCUAAACCAAAACUAAAGAAGAAAGUGACUGCUGGGUUGUUAUCAUCCAGUCUUUGUACUGAAAGUAUAGUGAUUUUUGUUCAAAAAAAAAUUUUUUUUUCAAUGCCAAUUACUCAAAAUGGUGCUGUCAUUGGCUCCGGAGCUGAGUUACAGCUCUCCAGGUAGCCUUUCCUGCCUUCCCAGUUUGAAACUGAAAACACUCAACCUGGAGCAUAAGACUUCACACAUGCGCGUGUGCGUGCACACAGUGCAGAGAAGGACAGUCAGCGCCACCCAUAGCACUAGGUACUAGGAGGAUGGUUCAGCCCUCCUCCUGAGAAAACAACAAUGGCGAGAGAUGUGCUGAGAAACAAAGUAAACUGGGUAUGCCUCUUAGCUAAUGUGAAUGUUAAAAGGGGCUCAGAGAGAGGCAAGCAGGAGCCCAAAGAGGUGAGUGGACCAGAAGCUUGCCUGAAGGUGGGUGUGCAGCAGGGGCGGCCUGACUUAGCCUCUCAUCGGAGGUCGAGGGGCAGAGUGAGCAUCCUAGGACUUGGCUGAAAUGAAGUGCGGUGCAGAGCCAUUCAGUAAAGUUGAACUAUCCUCUCCAUAGAGAGUCAACCUAGAAAUAGCUUCCCAGUGCCCUUCCCAGCCCUGGAGAGAAGUCUCGUCCCGAACGGAGGAAACAACAGAUAUUCUCAGAGUUUAUUUAAAACCAAGUCCUUACUCAGAUUUCAGCUGGAAUCCGGAAAGUGUAAAGACUUGAGAAUGGAGGAUAAGAAACCCUUUUGUGUAAGAAGCAAAGAAAGUAAAUCUUCUCUGGAGGAAAACGCCUUCGUCUCAAGCGCAUGCAUCUCCCUCAGCUCCAUUUCUGAGGGACAUGAAUAGCUAGCUAGCCCACAGAAAACAAAACAAGUGACAACAAACCUUGACCCACGUGUGAAUGCUGGGGGUCCCAGCAAAAUGAGUGGUGCAGCAGGGUGGAGUACGAAAUGAGUGACUGUGGCUUCGGCUUAGGAGAGGCUUGAAGAUGACUAAGAUGUUGAAUGAAAACAGCGACUCCUAGAGAAGCACCCACAGUGUGAUUUCACUGAGCUCAGAGGCCUCAUGUAGGUAAAGCAAAUACCAGGAGUGCAGUGACAGGUGCUAGAGACUAAAGUGAAAAGCUUGUACUCUCCCUCCUCGCUCAUGGGACAAAGCUGUGUUUAAGGAAACUGGUUACUGGAAAGGAUUAUUUUCAUCACAGGAAAAAAAUUAGCCUGGAAUUAUUGUUGCUAAUCUUGCUUUUUCUUUUCUUUUGUAGCAAGAUGAGAAGGUGAAAUAGAUAUGGAUCCAAGUUUUUCUGAGUUCUCAGAGCACACACAACUGGGAAAGAAACGAACUGGGACCAAGACAUAAAAGAAAGGAUUCUGUUUUGGGUUUUUACAUGAAGAAGUAUUUUGUUACCCUCCUCCUCCUCCUCCUUCUUCUAAUUAUUCUUCUUCUUCUUCUCUUUUUUUUUUUUUUUUUUUGGCCUUUCCUGGAUUAUUGCUUUGUCUAUUCUUAUAUAUGUGCAUAAAAUAGUUACAUCAUUUUAAAUAAUAAACUUUUUCUAAAACAUGAACUUUUUUAAAACAUCAGUCAUCACUAACUUGUUAACUUAAAUUUCUACCGAAUAUCAUUUAACCAAGCAAGUAUUUUUUAACCAAAUAAAAUGUAUUUAUAUACCAGAAUAUCUUUUCCUAUUGAGCAAUUCAGUUAUGUGAAGAUCAAAGAGGGUUUGAAACCAUCUCCUGUCCUAGCCUGUUUCCAUUUCCUCUUGCCAUCCUGCCUCUUUUAGAAAGGCAGGCGGCAGCCUCUUUAUCAGUUCAUGUGAUAGAAGACUGGAGACUGAAGCAUCGAUUAACCAUCAUGGUUAAUGUCAUCAUCUCUGCAGACUCUAGGAUCACGUAGGAGAUGAACUCAGGACAUGUUGUGGGUGGCUUCUAGAUAAUGAUGGUGGGAAGAGCAGCAGCAUCCCCCAGACUGGGGCCAUAUGUGAAUGAAGAGGAGAAAGCUAGCUCAACACCCACAUUGAUCUCCGCUGCCUGACUGGUGAGACGUGAUCGGCCACCUCACAUUUCUGCUGCCAUCCUUCUCUACCAUGGUGGGUUUAUUCCUUCAAACUGUAAACUGAAAUAAACACUUGCCUCCCUUAA